GUCCCCAGCCCAGCAGCCCGCGGCACCAGCCGGCUCUGCAGCUCUGAGUCACAGCCGAGGCGGACGGAAGCAAAAUGUCAUCCGCUGCCGGGGUUCCCCGAAACAAGUACCCCUUCAAGAAGAGGGCCAGCCUGCAGGCCCCCGCCAUGGCAGAGGUCCGUAGUGGGACAGGCUCCCGCACCCUGCAGUCUGCACGCUCCCUGCCAGGGACUCCUCACUGCCUGAAGCACUACCCUGUUGAUCUGCGCACCUCCAUGGAUGGCAAGUACAAGGAGAUUGCUGAGGAGCUGUUCUGCCGCUCUCUGGCAGAGAGCGAGAUGCGCAGUGCCCCCUAUGAAUUCCCCGAGGACAGCCCCAUCGAGCAGCUGGAGGAGAGGCGCCAGCGCCUGGAGCGGCAGAUCAGCCAGGAUGUGAAACUAGAGCCGGACAUUUUACUCAGAGCCAAACAGGACUUCCUGAAAAUUGACAGUGCUGCUGACUUACAGCUGUUCAAGGAGCAGAGCGAGGACCUGGUGGAUCAUGUCCCAAAGGAGCGGGAAGUGCUGCUGGAGAGGGAAUUCCAGAGGGUCACCAUCUCUGGGGAAGAGAAGUGUGGGGUGCCCUUCACGGACUUGCUUGAUGCAGCCAAGAGCGUGGUGAAGGCGCUGUUCAUCCGGGAAAAGUACAUGGGGUUUUCCCUUCAGAGCUUCUGCAAGACCACUGCCCGCUACCUGCAGGACCUCUCUGAGAAGCCUCUUGAGACACGGGUCUAUGAUGAGAUCCCAGAGACCCCUGUGGCUGCAGAUGCUCCGGUGCACCCACCAUUCACGGACCGGCACCCUUACGAGACCUGUGAACCCCAGUCUAUGCCCAAUGACCUGGGCUUUGGCCUCAAGAUGGUCAAUGGCGUGGUCCAUGUCUACACCAAGCAGGAUGUCACUGACAAGAACACGGAGCUGGACCUGCCGUACCCUGAUUUGCAGGAAUUCAUCGCUGACAUGAACUUCCUGAUGGCUCUGAUCAUCCAUGGUCCCAUAAAAUCCUUCUGCUACCGACGGCUGCAAUACCUGAGCUCCAAGUUCCAGAUGCACGUCCUGCUCAAUGAGAUGAAGGAGCUGGCGGCUCAGAAGAAGGUCCCGCAUCGUGACUUUUACAACAUCCGCAAGGUGGACACCCACAUCCACGCCUCCUCCUGCAUGAACCAGAAACACCUGUUGCGCUUCAUCAAGCGGGCCAUGAAGAAGCACCUGAGUGAGAUUGUGCAUGUGGAGAAGGGCAAGGAGCAGACCCUAAAGGAGGUCUUUGAGACCAUGAACCUCACAGCCUACGACCUCAGCGUAGACACGCUGGACGUUCAUGCGGAUCGUAACACCUUCCACCGCUUUGACAAGUUCAAUGCCAAGUACAACCCCAUCGGGGAGUCGAUCCUGCGUGAGAUCUUCAUCAAGACGGACAACCGGGUCUCAGGGAAGUACUUUGCCCACAUCAUCAAGGAGGUGAUGUCUGACCUGGAGGAGAGCAAGUACCAGAACGCGGAGCUGCGCCUCUCCAUCUAUGGCCGCUCACGGGACGAGUGGGACAAGCUGGCUAGGUGGGCUGUGUACCACAAGGUGCACUCCAACAAUGUGCGCUGGCUGGUGCAGGUGCCCCGUCUCUUCGAUGUGUACCGAACCAAGAGGCAGCUGGCCAACUUCCAGGAGAUGCUGGAGAAUAUCUUCCUGCCCCUCUUUGAAGCCACCAUCCACCCUGCCAGCCACCCAGAGCUGCACCUCUUCCUGGAGCAUGUGGACGGCUUUGACAGUGUGGAUGAUGAAUCCAAGCCUGAGCAUCACAUCUUCAACCUGGACAGCCCCUUGCCUGGGGCCUGGCUGGAAGAAGACAACCCGCCCUACGCAUACUAUUUGUACUACAUGUACGCCAACAUGACUGUGCUGAACCACCUGCGCAGGAAGAGGGGCUUCCACACCUUUGUGCUGCGCCCACACUGUGGGGAAGCAGGGCCCAUCCACCACCUGGUGUCUGGCUUCAUGCUGUCAGAGAACAUCUCGCAUGGCCUCCUGCUCCGCAAGGCCCCCGUGCUGCAGUACCUCUACUACCUGGCCCAGAUAGGCAUCGCCAUGUCCCCACUCAGCAACAACAGCCUAUUUCUGAGCUACCACCGCAACCCACUGCCUGAGUACCUGUCCCGUGGCCUCGUGGUCUCGCUCUCCACUGACGACCCGCUGCAGUUCCACUUCACCAAGGAGCCCCUGAUGGAGGAGUACAGCAUCGCCACGCAGGUCUGGAAGCUCAGCUCCUGUGACAUGUGCGAGCUCGCGCGCAACAGCGUGCUCAUGAGUGGCUUUUCCCACAAGGUGAAGAGCUACUGGCUGGGCCCCAAUUACCUGAAGGAAGGGCCUGAGGGGAACGACAUCCGACGCACCAAUGUGCCGGAUAUUCGGGUGGGCUACCGCUUUGAGACGCUGUGCCAGGAGCUGACCCUUAUCACGCAGGCCGUGCAGACAGAAGAGCUGGAGACCAUCCAGGAGGAGGACUCCUUAAUCCUGAACUUCAGCCCGGGGCCUCAGUGAAGGACCCUGGCCCCUGCUCUUGCCCACAGGGGCUGGGCAGGCUGGAGGCUGUCCCAGAGCAUGAGCAACCCCCCCUGCCAUCUCUGUAGGGUCUGGGCUCCUGUCCCCCGUGGCCCCUGUUUCUUUCUUGUUGUUGGUUUCAGUGCAUUCUUUCCCUCUGCAUUUCCCCCUCGAAAGGUGUUAAUUUGGUUCCUUAGCAGUCUCCCUUGGUAACGUGCUGGUGCCUUUUUUUAGUUGUUGGUUUGGUUUUUGUUCUCUCAAACUCUGGAUUUAUUUUUACUUUCUGCAAGGCCAUGGGGGUGGUAGUGCCCAGGCCCUCUGUAGUGCUUGCCGUUGAAGGCUGGGCGUGUGGGGGGCUCACACGUCUGGGACCACACGAGUCCUGGUGCAGGUGUGCAGGGGGAUGUACCCUAGGGCUGGACGCUGGGGAGCUGGAUGGUGUCAGAGCCCUGAGCACUGGAUGUGCCUCGGCACUGGUGGUUUGUCUGCUCCUGCUGAGCAAGGUACUGCUCUGUGCGUGGCAGGAGCCUGUGUUGCGUCUGACAGUCAUUGCCUUGAGUUGAUGCCAGUUGGGUGCCUCCUAGGACCACAGUCCCCUGUGGCCAGAUCUGCCGUGGGGCAAGAGGCUGAGAACCAAGCUUUGCCCUUGUCCAGUACCCAGCUUGCCGCAGUGCUGCUCCCACCCCAGCUAGCUGGCUUGUUUGUGCCAUGGCUCCAGCGGGGCCAUUUGCUAGUGUUAUUUUUUAAAUAAGGGAGGAUCUAUCCUCCCGACUUCUCAAACUGUGAUGCCCAAAUCCUCCAGGCCAGGACAGCGGAUGGUGUCCUCCCUGGCCCUCACUCUUGGCCUGGGGUAGCAUGGAGGAAAAGCCUUUCAACCCAGCCAGAGAGCUAGGGAAAAGGCUGGGCCUUGCCAUUUUUAACUCUGUACGCAUCUAGUGUCAGUCAGGCGGAGCAUUUCUUGUUAUCUGUCUGUCCAUCUGAAUGUCUGUCUGCCUCAGCAAUCAUGUAUCGGUAGGUGGGGGUGGGGUGCGGAUGGGAUAAUGUGGGUCUUGUUUUUUAUUAGCCCUUUAACUUAGAUCCUCUUGAUCAGGGCAGAUCCAGCUAGCUCUGUUUCUUGGGCACUCUCAUCUGCUUCCCUUAGGAGACACAGGCAGUUCCUACACUUUGCUGGUGUCCAAGGAGCAAGCAGCCUCUGUCUGUGCAUGGUGCCAGUUCUGUGCUUGCAUGUGCCGUGUUGUAGGGGCU